CUCAGUCAGAGAGUGAAACAGACGAGAGUAUUUACGCUGCUGUGACUGUUUGGACGUUGAACCUCAGACCUGUCGCGCCGAACAAACAAACAAACAAACAAACAAAACGUCCUCAAGAUAAACUUGACAAGAACAACAUCCGUGUGCGGUGAAGUCGGAGGAGACACGGUGUUUAACAUCCUCUGUUGUGCUCCCUCUUGAGUGACCCCUCCCCCUUCCUUCCUCCCCGCCCUUUGACUCCACCUCCUCCGCGAUGUCAUCUGAGGCCAGGCCCAUCCAGGGCUCAGGAGCAAUGACCCCUCCACCAGACUCUGCAGGAUCCCCACGCUCUCCAUUGUCACCAGAGUCUCUGCGUCCUCCAGGCUGCAGACACAGAGAACGUUCACCGUCCCCCAUGAGAGGCUACCUCAUCCCCAGCCCUCUGCCCACACGCAGGACCAGGACCUUCUCAGCGACGGCCCGUGCCGCAGAGGGUCCCGUGUUUACUGGUGUGUGUAAAUGUUUUUCCCGCUCCAAAGGCCACGGCUUCAUCACGCCAGCCGACGGGGGCAACGACAUCUUUGUCCACAUCUCAGACAUCGAGGGCGAGUAUGUGCCGGUGGAAGGCGACGAGGUGAGCUACAAAAUCUGCUCCAUCCCUCCCAAAAACGAGAAGAUCCAGGCGGUGGAGGUGACCAUCACCCAUCUGAACCCGGGAACCAAACACGAGACCUGGGGAGGACGCGUCGUCAGCAGCUGAAUGUUGACCCUCACGGGGGAGUGGGCGGGGUUAAUGAGGCUGAGGGCGGGUGGGAAGGGAGAUGAAGAAGAAACUGGGAGGGAUGGAAGGGUUCAGAGGGAGUACUGGGUGAUCAGGUGGGGGAAUAACUAACGAGGGUGGUAAGACAGCAGUGAUGUCCUGAUGGGACCAGUAAAGGGUUAAAUCAGAGGGAAAUAUUAAUGAUCUCAUAGUUUACUUUUGUUGAAAUGUGGGAGGCUUCCUCUGCCUGUCCGGGGGAAUGAGUAUCUAUAUUUUGGGAAUAUGGUUCUGGAUCAAGAGGUGUUCAUCAGAGAAAGAUUUCAAACUUUCGGUUUCUGCUUAGAUUUCUGUGUUGACAUUUGAUGGUGCUUUGUUUGAAGUUCAUUUGAUGCAAUUAUCCAUUUCCUGGAGAGCUUCUUGGAAGAUUUCAACUCUGCAGCGUCGGGGUUCAUUUCCAGGUGUACUGUGUGUGCCGACUUCUACCCAGAGAACUUACAGCUCAGUUUGUGCCUACUUAUACCAAUCUAUCAUCUGUACUCCAACAUGUGUGGGUGGUUAUAGGAGUGAAAUAAAGCAUUUUAAACUGGUA